AUGGCCCCAAUCCGAGUCGGAAUUAUUGGCCUGUCCUCGUCCAAGCAUACUGGCCAUGCUGGAACCUGGGCUGCAUCCACCCAUCUCCCUGCUCUGCAGAACUUGCCCGAGUAUGAGGUCGUCGCACUUGCGAACUCGACUGUGGAGUCGGCGAAGAAAUCUAUCGCUGCUCACAAUCUCCCGGCCACUACUAAGGCUUACGGAACCCCCGAAGACAUUGCCAACGAUCCCGACGUGGAUCUCGUUGUCGUGUCUGUGCAGGUCCAAAAGCACUACCAGCUGGCCAAGCCUGCCCUCCUGGCCAAAAAGAAGGUCUUCGUGGAAUGGCCGCUGGCCGUGACCAUCGACGAGGUCGAGGAGCUCGCGCAGCUUGCUAAAGAUGGCAAUCUGAAGACUGCUGUGGGAUCACAGUCUCGAGCAGCCCCAGCUGUCCAAAAACUGAAGGAAAUAGUUUCCAGUGGCCAGCUCGGAAGAAUCAUCAGCUCUACAGUUGUAGCUUCCUUGGGAAACAUUCCCACGGAAGUCUGGCCCGAGGAAUUGUCGUACUACCUUGAGGCGUCAAGCGGUGGCAACGAGUACACGAUUGCCUUUGGGCAUUUCUUCGACGCGUUCACCCACGUCUUGGGUGACCUCACCGACAUGCAGGCAAUCCUGAAGACUCAGUACAAGACCACACAACUAGUCAACCCCGAUGGCCAACCUCUGAACAAAGAGUUCCGCAAGACGGCACCAGACCACAUUUUCGUGCAAGGAAUCACUGAAGGCGGGGCUGUUGCAUCAAUUGCCUUCCGGAAACCCAAGAGUCCCGUUGACGACACCGACUUUCGCUGGAUCAUAACCGGGACUCAAGGUGAAGCUUCAAUUGUAGGAAAUGGAUGGUGGCAGAUGAUGGACAAGGAGAUGAAUCUCCAGGUCAAGAUUGGCACUGAGCCCACGCAGACGAUCGACUUUGACUCGUACAGGGCCCCAGCUGCAGAGAAGGUGUCGCCGAUGGCCGCGAAUGUCACCUCUCUGUAUGACGCCUUUGCGAAGGGCGAUACGACAAGAUACGCCACAUUCGAGUCUGCGGCGAAGACGCAUCGCUUCUUGGAAAGCAUCAAGAAAGCUGCCAUCAUACAGUAG